CAAAGAAGAAACGAGACGUCACAUCCGGAGUCGUUUGAGUGAGUCGUGCGCCAAAAGAAAAAGUUAUUUUGUCUGAACAGCGAAGAUAUUUCUGAUGUGUACGGCAGUGGACAACGGAGAAAUAAUCAUCCUCAGCGAUGAUGAGGAUGAUGAUGAUAAAGAAGACUGUGACAAAUCAUGCAACGAACCCUCAGUUCUUAUUGUGGAGGCGGAAGAUGUGAAGAAAAAUGACUGUGAUUUACCCCCCAGUGCUCUGGAUGAAGACCUGGUUGUUACCUUCUCCCGCCGUGCAGAGGUGCUGCCUCACGCACGAUACGACUGUCCAGUACAUCCUUUCUUGGCUACAGAAAGUGAGGUUGGGGCUCCUGUGGCUGAAAACAAGCUCUUUUGUGAUCAGUGUUUCUGUUACAUCUGUGACAAGCUGGCUUCAACGUGUGAAAUGUGGUAUCACAAAGGUCUGUGUCACAGCAACAGCCACAAAAGAAGCAACUUCUGGAGCCAAUUAAGAAACACAGCACUGCUGGGAAGACUCAAGGGUUUCGACCUUACACUUUCUGACAUAGACGCUCACCUCCGACAUGCAGAGGCCAUGCUCCAGAGCUUCAGACAAGAGCUAUCUGCUUGGUUUUUAACUUUCCAGAAGGGAAAGUCGUUUGAGGAGUAUGGUCUGAAGGUACACAACCAGCAAGGUCGCAUCCACGAUUAUACUGAAGUGUACGAGUUUGUGUCAUCAUUUCUGAACAAGGCCGAUGAACAGGACGGCAGAGCUGCAGCCGUCUUGAAUCUAGGAGCUGCUGAGGACUUUAUUAGACAUUUUCAAGUCACAGGGGCUCUAAUCCCACAAUCUCCAACGGCCAAUCCUGCUGAAGCCAAAGGAAUGUUACUGAAAAGGGUAAUAUCAUCGCUGCAGAGACAGAUGGUAAUGGCUGAUUUCACUCCAGAGUUUAUCAACAAACUUCAGGAAUUUUACAAGAGAUUGUCCUUCCCCCACGAGCUAAAGAGCUUGAAGAACAGACUGUGUGUCCGUCCUUGGGAUGAUGUCCUGCUAGUGUCGGUGCUGAAGGGACAGAACGUGUCAGGGGUUCGCACAGACAAAGGCAAGAAGGAUGUCCUGAUUGAACAGUUUUCUAUAGUUUUACUGAGAACAGAAGCACUACAGCAGCAGCGCAGGUAUAAAGAAUUGUGCCGCUACCUUCGAGUGGUCCAGACUGAUGAUCCCAAACUUCUCCAGCAGGUACAAGACCUCGUCCCUUUCUUCACGAGUAUGGAGGGGGACUUCACGUCAGCUCUGCACAGAUUCUUCCCCUCAGUUAACGCUCCUGCCUCCCGCCUCACCCCGCCUCUCUUCAUGACUUAUUUCUACAUCUUUAAAUUUGCCACAGCACCGAAGCUGGUGGUCAGCCAGCACGAUCAGAUCUGUUUUCCUGCUGUAGCGUGGGAGCCAAUAAAAGAUGCCAAGCCUCUGAAGCUUGUUGAGCUGGUGAAGUUUGCUCUGAGGGUGCAGAAAUGCUGCUCUGCUGUGUACAAUGAUACCCAGUGUUGGACCAUUUUACUCAAAGAGGUCAACUCAGCCGCUCUACCAGCACCAAGCCCUCAGUUUCUACAUGAAACCAAGGAUUCUGUGAAUUCGAUACUACUCAACAUGAAUGGGACAAAUAUACAUAUCCCACGGUUCUUUCUGGUGGUGUACCCAGAUCAGGCUUUGUUGCUGUUGGUAACGGGGGCUUUAAGUUUAAGGAUCCUGAACGGGGCUUUGAGUCCGGCCCUCACUUUGCUCAGCACUUUUCAGGAGAAUGUUUGGGCUCUCGAGUGGCUGUGGGAGACUUUGUCCGUAGACCGCCUCAGCGCCUUCGUACAUGAGGUCACACAGGAGAUAGAAAACACAACAGAUGGGGGAAAUUAUGUACACCUUCUUCGUGCCAUUAUUCCCACUCUGUCGUCUUCAACGGAGAGCUGGGACCACACUUACUGCAGUCCAGAGGAUAUUAGACUCUUCUCUUCUCGAGGGAAGGUCCCCUCGCAGCCUCAGCCGUUGUAACUAAGCCUGAUUUCCACGCUGCAGAUCUUGGCUUUACUGAGGACUCAGCACAACUCCUCUAGAUGUGUCAGAGUUGAAUGAUUGAUGAGUGACAGAUGAAUGAAUAAGUGUUUGGAUCUUCUUUUUUCAUACAGACAACAGAAUUGCCCAGGAGAGACCAGCAGACAAAUGGACUGACAGAGAUUUUAACAUUAUUAAGUCACUUUAUUUUGUUUAAUACUUAACCGACUUGAUCAGUUUAUGUUCAGGAUGCUGAUGGUCUAAACUGGAUACAAGCUUAAUACUGCACUGUGGGGAACUGUUGGUAUGUAAACUGAAAAGUUGAGUGUUUUAUGAACCAUUGAAAUAAAAUGAUAGAUGUUCUGGAUUGCUGUUAUUGCUUUAACUGCUUAAACGAGAAUCCCAAAUAUUUAUAUAAUAUGUGUGUGUGUGUGUAUAUAAAUAUAUGUAUAUAUAUAUAUAUGUCGGGGGGAAUCGGCAUCGUCACUACCUGGAGCUUGCAUGUAUAGAGCCUGGGUCUGUUGAAGGUGAAUUGUGUGUAGGAUGGUGAGAGCAAGCAUGGACGUCAUCAGUGCUUUAUUUUUACAGUCUAUGGUGCUUACCGGUAAAUAUCUUGUUUAAUUUCAAACUCAAAAUUUUGUUUAAUGUAGUGAUUGCAAAUUUUAUGAUAAUGUAAAAACAACAAGGGGGAGCUAAAUGUUCAAGAUUAUUCCCAUGAACAGAUUUUCUCCUUUACACGAGUCUGUUAAAAAAAUGUAUUUAUAAAAGUGAAGACUUUUUAAGUGUAUGUUAUGUUGCAUGGAACAUUCAAUACAACCUAUACUUGUAUUAAACAGAACAAUCAUGUUAAACUUAGUGCAUUAGGAUCGUACUUUAUUGAUCCCCAGAGGGGAUAUUCGGGAUUUCAUUAUACAGCAUCUAAACUAGUUACAUUACAGCACAACAGACAGGAGACAUUUUUUUUUAAAGUAAAUAAUGACAAGUUCAUGUAAUUCUGAACCAUCAAGCUGCAUAAACUCAAAGUAACAAUAUAUCAAAUCUGUUGUUUUGGCUGCUUAAAUUAUACAGUUUUAAUUCUAGGCUCAAUAGCUUAAAUAUAUAGAGUUGAUGUGAUUCAGAAGUACAGGUAAUCUUUCAUUUUAAAAACGUCAAACUUUAUAAAAAGUCAAGUGUUUCUGCUGCAUAGGCUGUCAGCAUGUAAAAGUUGUUGGUGCCAGAGAGGCACAAGUGCAUUACAUCCAGUACUAUGUAAAGCACUCCUCACAGCAUUGAAAAAAAAAAAAAAA